UAAGUUGCUAUUAGCACCUGCAUGUGUGAGGGGUCAGGGGUCAUCAGCUAUCACUCGUCUGCAGAGCGUGCUGUGGGCUGUGCAGUUCUCUCGGCACCAGGCUCUCUGUCAUUACGGAGGGAGCAUCCUAAGGCCGUGCACGCGAGGGGGGAGCAGGCUGAGUGAACAGCCGGUGAAAAGGUCCUUAGGGAGCGCCGCAGCCCUGCUGUCGGUUGUUGUGGAGGCGAGGAUGUAGAUGCAAGACGUCAAGAAAUGUCCGUUGGUGUGGCUGGGCCUAACAGCUUCUCCCCCCGCCAUGCGGCCAGCAUCUGAGUCGUCGUCACGGCCUGGUGGCUCCGGGUGGGCGGCUGUCGUCUGCUGCCUGGCGCUGGUCCUGCCUCUCCUGGUGCGAGCUGACAGCGGACUUGCAAGUGCGUGCCACGGCAAACCGUGUACAGACGGAGAGGUCUUGGCAAGCCAGCAAGAUGGCGCUGUGCAGUUCACAAGUUUUUCCACGUGCGUUGAUGGCGACCCGGACUUCAUCGUGGGCGUGCAAGGCAUGCAGCAGCCGCUGUGUUUCCGCUUGGAGGGACAGCCUGGCCAGGUGAUCAGACUUCUACAGGAUCCGGACACAGGUGUGGUGGUCAAUGCUCAAAUCACACAGCCUGUACCCGGUUUGAAGAAGACGUACCUGGGAGCUGUUCUCAUUUCAAGGCGGAAUUUCCAGGUAGUGGCACGACUCGGCCACAUCGCCGUGAACAGCUACAAGUUCUUGUGGGGGCCGACCUCGGCCCGCCUGGUGCACGGGCAUCGUAUUCUCAUCGCCCCCACACUCAUGGCCCUCACUCUACGUCACCGUAACGUCACGCUGGUGGUCAAGAGGCACAUGCCCGAAGAGGACGUGAGUGACGCACAGAUCUUCGACGCCAACGACGACAAAGAUGAUGACGAUUAUCACGAUGACGUAGAAGAAAAGUUCACUGCGCCGAGUGACGUUCUUUCAGCUGCAAACGCCUCCUCCAAUCGGGACAGUCUCCGCUACCGACGUCAGCGUCGCCAGGGUAACGUCCGGGGCGCAGCACCAAAAAACACAGGUCAAGGCAGAAAAAAGAGCACUGAAGGUCACAAAGGUCGUAGGGGUGGCAGAAAGGUCGGAGGGCGCAAGAGUCAGCAAGGACGACAAAAAAACAAUGAUGUCACUUCACCUGCUGCUGUCCCUGCUGUGAAGACGAUGCCAACGACGAUGAAACCCACUAGGACGAGGUCGAGAGCGACAGACAAGGACGCGAUGGUGGCCUCCCCAGGACCGACGAAGACAGCGAGGAGUCGUCAGACACAGUCCACUCCAGCACCCAAGGGCAACAGGACUCAGUCACGUGACGCACAGCGACGAUCUCUUGUUGGCCGCCAGCAGGACAACGUCGCCUAUAUGGGCUUCUACGUCACAGAUGCACGCGACCUGUCACCGGAUACACAUGGGUUGCUGGGUCAGUUUCUGCACAAAACCGUCACAAUCCAGCGAGUUCGCAGGAAAGCCGGUGGCAGGGUCAAGGCCAUGCUCCUUGUGGGCACGUCACAGCGUCACGUGAUAAAAGCUAGUCUGCGCACGCGCACAAACUUGGUGCUGAACUCAAGCAGCACGUGCUGGUGGGUCAAGGAGGGAGGUGACGGGGCUGUAGACGGCGACUACGACGACUACCUGGUCCCCACCUUGAGUUCUACUCACCCCCUCCCCUUGCCCCCACCACCUGACCCCUCCAAAUGACGUCACUGGCCAGAAAACUUCCGCCUCACCUCAGGAUUACCGGCCCUUGAGCACCCGCCAACCACCAGCAAACCCGCGGCACCGGGCUGUAGCUACAAGACCCAUUCCACAGACUCCGAGCCUUGAGGGAGUCGCUGGAGUCGCCUGCCCCUCGCUCGCUCCAGUAGAGAGACUGCAGUCCCUGUGUCCCUGUCCUCCCGGUGUUGGCAGUACGACAGCUCCAUUCCAGUUCUUUCCAGUUUCCCAAACAUAGAGGGCGGCUUUUGCAUGCUGGCACUGUUCCGGGUGGCUUGGGAUAGCGUCUUGGGGUACAUGUGUUGACCCAAAGGUCAAAUAUACAGAGUUUAGCGACAGGUACCCCAUCACAGCGGCUGACAGAUGUCAAUGAGCAGUACUGCGUCAGUUGUCAAGAAUUUCUAAACCUAUCCUAAGAAAGAUUUUUCCAGAUCUUUAAUAUAUAGCUGUACAAGGGGUACGAUCUCUUCAAAGUGUAAUAUUCUUUAUAGAAACAGCAUUUUUCAGAAUAUUUAUCAAAAGCAAACAAUUAUUUUUCAAGUUAUUCAAAACACUCUUCCAUCACCUCCCACGCGACGGUGCCACGUGAUCAUGCGUCGUGAGCUGUCGGUAGUCAAUAACCUGUGGAAGUUUUCUGGCCCUUGACCUUUGCACUUACAGUGUGUGGACGUGUAAUAUGUUGUUGUUGUUGUUUAGGUGGUGAUGUGUGUUAGUGUGAACGUGUAAUGGGCUGCUCUGCUCUAGGUGAUAUUGAGAAUGCCGAUGCUGAAUGUUUCAUGCUUCAUGGUUCCAGUGAGGUCUCAGACUAUCCCAUGUCUUAGAGUUAUCUCCCUUACUCACGGCAGGUGUCGGUAUUGUGCAUUAUUUUGACAAUAAUUCUGUGUGCAUUUUGUUGCCAAACUAAUUUAAAUUGUAUAUAAUCUUGUUGACACUUUGGUCACGUAGCCAACCAAUGAUUACUAUUUAUCAGUUUUGUUACAUCCUUUCAACCUUUCAAGUCCUUCGUCAUCGCUUUCCGCCAACAGCCGCCGUGACGUGACCUCAUUCAGUCUGUAACAAACACUGAUGUCUGGCACUCCAACACAGUCUUACACACUUGUACACAAUAAACGUGACGAACUGUC